AUGACCAUCGACAUCUCCCCCGCCAGCGACGACCCCUCUGCGAUCUGUAGAGACUUCGACCAUGUAGUGUUCUACGUGAGCUCGCCAAAAUUGGUAGCAAACUACUUGUGUAGAACAUUCGGGUUCUCCGUGUAUGCGUACAAGGGCUUGGAAACAGGCUCGAAGGACAUCUCUGCAACGGUGAUCAAGAACGGCAACGUCCACUUCGUCCUCAUGGGCGCGAUCCGGCCGUUGCACAAACAGCCAAAAGACCAGAUGAUCGACAACAUUCACAAGCACAUCGCAACGCACGGCGAUGGUGUCAAAGAUGUGGCUUUCCAGACAGACGACAUCAAUUUGAUCAUCAAGCGGCUAGCAGAGAAAGAUCACUCCCAUUUGAUUGUCGAUGGCCCGAACACCAUAACUGACGAGGCAGGGACAAUCAAGACGGUCACCAUCCGCGGUAUGAACGAUACAGUGCACACGCUGGUUGACAGGACCCAGUACAAGGGUUUCCUACCGGGGUUCAAGAUUGUGGAGCAAGAAGACGCCCUGUCGGGCACUUCGCCGAAGGUGGACAUGGCGGCAAUCGACCACUGUGUUCAGAACGAGGACUGGAACCAAAUGCUUAAGACUUGUGAGUUCUAUAAGGAAAACUUCAACUUUCACGUUUUCUGGUCGGUUGAUGAAAACCAGAUUUACACUCAGUACUCAGCCUUGAAAUCCACAGUCAUGAGUUCUGAAAAUGAACACAUCAAAAUGCCUGUCAAUGAGCCAGCCAUCGGUUUGAAAAAGUCACAGAUUGAAGAGUUCAUUGAGUUCAACAACGGACCAGGAAUUCAGCACAUCGCAAUAAGAGUCGACAAUAUUAUUGACACAAUCAAAAAAAUGAGGGAAAUGGGAGUUCAAUUCAUUGAUGUCCCAGAUGAGUAUUAUGUAAAUUUAGAGCAAAAAUUGAAGAGCUCCAAACACCCAAAGAUCAAGGAGACUCUCAAAUCUGUUAAAAAGUUGGGCAUUUUGGUGGAUUUUGAUGAAAAAGGUUAUUUGCUUCAAUUAUUUACCAAGCCAAUUUUUGAGAGACCUUCCUUCUUUUUCGAAAUAAUCCAAAGGAACAAUUACAAUGGUUUCGGUGCGGGGAAUUUCAAGGGCUUGUUCGAAGUGUUGGAAAAAGAUCAAGAAAAGAGAGGUAACCUUACUGCACAGGACGUCAAGGACCGCACAAGAGGCUUACCUCCUAAGCCAAAGACAACUAAUUUCAAAAGUGAAAUAACAGACGAUGAUAUCGCAGACGCAAUCAAUUAUCUGGUGUGA